GAGACACAGAGACCUCGCUCGCUCGUCUCUUCUUUUGCAUGGGGCGCAUGAAGCGGUGCAGGGAAAGCGCUCGGCAGCUCUGCCAAUGCUCUGGCGCGUGCGCCUGCAUGGCGGCCGUGAUCUCCGCCGUGGCUGCCACCGUGGUGAUCGUCGUGAUGGGCGAUGGGAUGGACGGCCCGCAGCCCCUGGCUGCAGCCUACAAGUGCGACAGCAACGUGAUCCUGGGCCCAGUGCGGAAGCCCGCACAGAAGGGCCUGGCCAUUGACGACACGACCUUUCAGAAGUGCUCUCACUCGGUUCCCAGGGUCUGGCCCAACACCGAGGAGAAGCUCACCUCGCUCCGGCUCUUCAAGGCCUGGGACAAGAGCUGGCCCGACGGGGCCCGGCUCACGGCCUGGGACCAGCUGGCCACGGUGGUGCAGCAGGGCGGGAUGGAGGUGCUGGUGGGCACCCAGGUGACCUGUGAUGAGGCGGAUGAUGACCGGGACUGGCGCUUAGUGUUGGAACUGCUGCAGAAGCUUGGACGAAAGCACGUCAUGGGGAUCGCCGUGGGAAAUGAGCUCGAGCUCCUGCAAUACAAGAAGGGCAUCUCGCAGGAUUGCAUGACACGAAUGUGGCAAGGGGGCUACUUCUUGCGGAAGCUGUCUGAAAGAGCCGCAGAUUUGGAUAAGCUACCUGGAUUCAGCGAUGUCCGCUUGACCUCGGUCUUUGGUGGCUACAUCCUUUCUGGCUCCCCUUUCGUGGAAACACCAAAAGCCAUGGUCCUGACCUUUCUGACGGAGGCUGUGAAGCGCUUUGGGAGUCGCUGGGUGUUCACGCUGAACAUCUACCCCUACUUUGAUCCUUCCAACGCUCUGGAUCCGGGCACCACGGACCGGUGCACCAGAAGCUUAAAGACGGCGCUGUGCUUCACUGACGAUACUUGCAAUUUGCCGGCCACGGUCAGCCGCAUGCGCAAGAGGAUGCAGCUACUCACCGGCAAGGACAGCAUCCUUUGGCUCGGUGAGACGGGCUGGUCCUCGCCCCAGGCCUCCACCCUCGCGGGCUCCAACCCGGAGAUGGCGAAGUGCGGCGCCUUCUCGAGCGACAUCUCCUUGAAGCAGUUCUACAGCAACUUCUUAGCUUGGAGGCUGGACCUAGAUGUGGAGAAGGGCCCGGACCAUGUCUUCUACUUCACGGCCCGCGAUUCCGGGAACUUCGGGGUCGAGGAGCACUUCGGCCUCAUCUCCGACUGCGAUACCAAGAAGUGCAAGCUGCAGCUUGCCCGCCAGGAUCAAGUCGUGGUGUAGAGUUGGACAAAGCAGAUUUCCGACGUAUCGCUUGAAUUGUUUCACCGGGCCGAGAGUGCUUGACUCUCGAGCCCAGCACACU